UGAAUUAGUGAACGAUGAAGAUGGUCUUCGCAAGGUUUGCAAGACGGAAAACUCAUUGUAUUAGUUGAAUAAGUGUGACAGAAAAAGAGACGCUGAGCUCAUUAAUAGCGGAAUUGUAUCAGUCUCUAUGGUCUCUGAUGAAGAAAAAUAUUGCUAAAUUAUUCAUUUACACAGAAUUUCUGGGUUAAUUGAGUUAAUAGAUGUCUCUACUAGUAUGUCAGGCGGCACUAAAUUUCCUCAGAUAGCAGGUCACUCUGCCGAUGAGUGAUAUUGCCCAUAUUGCCUGCCCUGUAUGCCCAGAAUGCAUCUUGUUUUGAUUGGUUCUGCGUGUAUUUCAAACGGAUUUUGGCAAUUUAAAUGGUAUGAGACAUUUUACGACGCUGUUAGCAUUUCGGGUGGUCAGUGUUUCAGAUAUAUAGCGCCAGGAUAGAAGUGUCUUUUUACCAAUGGUUUAACAAUAAGAUUGCAGAUUUGAUCACGUACUUCGUGAAUUUGCCAAGUUUAUGAGGUGUCGUGCAACGUGAAAUUUAAUGUUGCUCCUGUAAUAUUUAUUUAUUUUUGAUAGGUUUUUAGUACAAUGGAAGAAAAAGAAAGUGGAAUCUGCUUUGAGGUGAAAAUAACACCAGAAUCACGAAGGAAACCAAAAACUGAAGAUCAAGAUAAGGAUGUUGUUCUUGUCUUGGCUCCUUUCAACAAAAUUCCAAAGCUGUUCUUUCAGAAUGUCAAAGUAGGAACGUCAGAAUUACAGCACAUCAUAAUAAGAAACCCUAAUGAUUCAAGAAUUGAGGUACAACUAGAUAGGCUCCCUCCAGAGGAACGUGGUCUUAUUUUUAGUGCUGUAAAAUUUGGAGUGGAAGCACAUGAAAGCGUACAGCUUGAUGUGACAUGGACACCCUCUAAAAGUGAAUCAUGGCAUCAUGCAGUUCAAGUAAAAAAUAGCCACCAUCUUCGAUUGGAUAUUUCAAUUUCUUGCACUUCUGUGAAUCCACAGAAGGCAGUGAAGAGAAAUGUGAAACCAUUGAAAGUUCGGAAUACUUGUUUACAUGCCUCACUGACAGCUAAAAAGAGUGGCGUAAAACAUCUUUCGCAUUCAAAGAGUAAAGUUUGUUAUGGAAUAAAGAAGAAGGCUCAGUGUGUUGACGGGUCCUACCAGACAAAUCUCAAUACAAAUAAAAAUCAAAUGAAACAGAGGUACAAUAUAUCAAGUGAACAAUUUACUCCUGUUAAAGAUAAUAGGCUACCACCCUGUUCAGUUCUGUCCACACCAACUCGUCGAGAGACUUAUCUUGUUAGCCAAGAAAAAGGGGAAGGAAAUAAAGAAAAUGCAGAAUGUAAACAAGUGAAACAAAGAACAAAAUCAGAUAACGUUUAUGGACCUGUUGACUGUAGACCGAGACAGUUAAGAAAAUAUGAAUAUUCAUCUACUGUUCAGAAUGUACCUCCUGUGUUAAGCACCCCUCCUCAGCAGAGGAGCAUGUUUGAUGAAGGAAAUGCAGAAGUUAAAUUAAAUACUUCAACUUGUGAGAGCCAUCCAAAGGAAGGUUCACUCUGCACUGUUGGAAGGAGGAGAAUUACAACAGAAACUAUCACAGAUUCACCACCAAAUCAUAAUAAGAAUUUUCUAGAUAUGUUGAGUUCUUUGAGUUUCACACCAACACCUUCAAGGUCAAAGCAAGAACACAUAGCAGUUAUACCUAAUGUGCAGUAUUCUUCUCCUGAAGUUAACCUGCUUCCACCCUGUAAUGUAUCACCCACUCCAGAUCGUAGACAAACAUAUUUAAUUCCACCUGAUUCCAAAUUUGAAAACAAAUCUGAAAUGAAAAAUUUUGAGGAAAUUCUGUUUAGAACAAGAAGGGUUAGAUAUGUGAACUCAACUUCCUCUAGGAUGCGACUGGAAUCUGAUGAGUUUAAUGACAGCUUGGAAGCACAGGAUGAUGUUUUUCAGGAAGAAAUUAUUGGAGGAAGUGGAACAGAGAGAUGGUCUGAGUGGCAAAAGCAUCAUUUCUCCAAAUCAGAGGGCAGCUCAGAAGGAUCAGCAGGGACACAUUAUGAAUCUGUGUGCAAAACACCCAGAAGUAAAAUCCACAGCACUGGCCUAACACCACAAUUUGAGGAACUUAACUUCAGCACCCAGAAUUUCAUUUCAUUUCUACCUGGAUCCCCAGCUGAUUUCUCUCUGUUACCACCAAGUGAAGAUACCCGUAGGUGUUCCACUGUUAUAAAAAAAAUGGAACCAAUGCUUUAUGACUCAGCUUAUAAUGCAGUACGUAAAGACCUCUUUUCUACUGAUUUAGUGGAACGUGUGGCUAGUAACUCAGUUUCUCCUGAUGUGAAUCAUCUAAGCUUGGGGUCUUUUGUGAAACCUGAAUCAAAAUUUGCUGAUGCUAAUUUCCAGUAUUCAGAUAUAAUCUACCAAGAAUUGGUAAGACAAGACAGUAGUUAUCAACUGCAAGACGACAGAAAAAAAACUCACACUUCCUUGGGCCUGAAAGAAAAUAGUGCACAAAGUGUUAUAGAAGCAGAUUUGUGGGUACAACAAUCAAAUAUAGAAAAGUCAUCAACAAAGGCAGCAGUUAGUGAAAAUCCUAAUAAUUCAGACACCAUUGCAGAAGAAAGUAAAUUUGUUUUCUUGCCUAAGGAAGAGAAAUCAGAAGAACCUAAGGAAAAAUCUGCACUUCAUGUACAGCAGUUUAAAAAAUUUGAAAGCGAUGAAUCUGGAGGAGUCUUUCUAGAAAUUUCACCCCCAAAGAGACAGGUGUAUUUUACAUGUAGCAGUACAAUAAAAACAGAUUCUGUUCAAAAACAGAAAACAUCUCGAAUCACUGGAUGGUCAAAGACUUCUGUUAAAAGCAGAAAUUAUCCAUAUUUAAACGUAACUCAAGGUUCAUCUUGUCAACUUGGUUGCACAGCAAGCAAUCUGACAGGGAAAAAGCGCCCAUUUCAGGGAAUUAAAACCAAUGAAAUAUUCAAUAAACGGCGUAUUUUGAGUGAUGGUAGAAUUCACAGCCAAAGUGGCAGGAGCAAGAUUCCAAGAGGUGCAUCUGUUCAACGAUGUCUCAGAAGAAGUAUGUCAUCUUCUAUACCCCGAACAGCAUUUACCAAGCUAACCUUGCCAACAACCAAGAAACAAAAUGAAGAAGCUGUCCAACUUCACAAUCCUGAUGCUGUUCUUAACAAACUGGCAAAUCCUGGUCUUUUUGUAGCAACCAAUACAUCUGAGCCAUUUACUACAUAUUCUGUGUACUAUGAUGAAGAAUGGAUGGUCCAGCAAGAGAAGGAGUUCACCAAGUGGCUCAACUCUCUGCUGACUCCACCUGAAGGACUCAACAGCACAACUGCCCUUCCCAAAGUGAAUGUGACAGAACUAUGGAUUCAGAGCUGUCGCAAGCAGGAUGUAGUCCCUGCCCCAACUCGAGAGACACUGUCUUCUCAAUACCACACUCACCAUCGCCUGGAUGCUUUGCGCAAGGCUGCAUGCGCAUUGUUCCGUUCACAAGAGGUUGCUCAAGUACUGUCCAAAGUUGCAGUACACAUUGACAAGAAGUUGAUAGCUAUUCGCAGUGACCGGGAUCUUCAUCUUGACUUUGGCUUGAAAUGCAGAGUGAUGGAAUUACUUUUUAGUUACAAUCCUCUUUGGCUUCGAAUUGGUUUGGAGGCAAUCUAUGGUCAAACUAUUCCACUGGAGUCAAAUUCAGAUGUUCAAGGCUUAACUAAGUUCAUUGCAACACGUCUGCUCUCUGAUCCAUAUAUAGUGCAGCAAAAUUCACAUCCAACAGUGCAACAUCUCUUUCUGCCAGGAUUUGAAGAUGCAAUGAAAAAGUUUUCUCUUAAAAAAUUCCUCUUACUUGUUUACUUUUUGGACAAAGCUAAAGAAAGGAAACUUAUCAGCCAUGAUCCAUGCCUCUUCUGCAAAGAUGCAGAAUUGAAGGACAGUCGACAAAUUCUGCAUGCUUUUUCGCGAGACUUGCUGGCUGGAGUUGGAGAUAUAACGAAACAUUUAAAAAGUCUUGGAUAUGUUGUAACACAGAGCCAGACUUAUCUGGACGAAUUUGAAUAUGCAGUUACUUGCCUUGGAAAGGAUCUGCGUGAUGGCAUUAGGCUUACGCGCAUGAUGGAGAUAAUUUUACAAAACCGAACACUGUCAAGUGAACUUAGAGUACCUGCUGUUUCAAGGCUUCAGAAAAUUCACAAUGUGGGUGUUGCAUUGUCAGCUCUGAGAGAUGCAGGCUAUGUCCUUACUGGGAACAUCACAGCAAAGGAUAUUGUUGACGGUCACAGAGAGAAAACACUGUCCUUGCUCUGGCAGAUCAUUUACAAAUUUCAGGAGCCACGAUUCAUUGAUGCAGCAAAGAAGAUUCAGAACUGGUGGCAUCAUCAGUCGCUCAGAUUGGAGAUACGUCGCCGAAUACAGGCCAGAGAGUUAGCAUAUUUUACAAAAGCAGCUAUCAAAAUUCAAGCCUGUUGGAGAACUUAUUGUGCUCGGAUACAACUGAAGAUUAUCAAAGAACAGGAAGCAGUGAAGCAUGCAGCUUGUCAGAAGGCUAGCAUUGUUAUCCAAAAGAACUGGAGAAUGUACUUGGCACAUAAGAAAUACAUCUGUGCUUUGAACUCAGUCAGGAAAAUUCAGGCAUGGUACCGAAAUAUUAAGAUGGCAAAGAAAGAACAAAUUCAAUAUCUUGAGAGGCGUCAGACUCUGGUAAAUUUCCAGGCAGUGUGCCGAGGAUUCUUAUACAGGAAGAGGUUAGAAAAUCUUCGGCGCACAGCUGCUGCACUUAAAAUACAGACCUGGUAUAGACGUCUCAUAGCACCUCAGGAAAUACCAUCUAUACAGAAAUGUAGUGAAGAAGAAUUAUUUUCUGCAACUGUUACUAUUCAGAAAAAAUUUAGAGCAACAUUACUGAUGAGAGCUGAAAGGCAACACUUCCUCCAGCUUAAGUAUGCAGCAACAAUUAUCCAAAGAAGGUUACGUGCCACACUGCUCAUGAAGAAGCAGGUUGAGUGGUACCAACAACAGAAAUCUGCAGCAAGUAUCAUUCAGGCCAAAGUCAGAGCAACAAUAUCAAUGCAGGCCCAAAGACAAUACUACCUGCAACAGAAGUUUGCAAUAACAGUUAUCCAAAGAAGAUUCCGGGCCAUACUGCUUAUGAGAAAACAGGUUAAAUGGUACCAACAUCAACGAUCUGCAGUAAGCAUUAUUCAAAAUAAGUUCAGAGCAACAUUACUGAUGAGAGCUCAAAGACAACACUUCCUACAACAGAAGUCUGCAGCAGCAGUUAUCCAAAGAAGAUUCCGGGCCAUACUGCUUAUGAGAAAACAGGUUAAAUGGUACCAACAGCAAAGAUCUGCUGCAAGCAUCAUUCAGAAUAAGUUCAGAGCAACAUUACUGAUGAGAGCUCAAAGACAACACUUCCUACAACAGAAGUCUGCAGCAGCGGUUAUCCAAAGAAGAUUCCGGGCCUUACUGCUUAUGAGAAGACAAGUUCAGUGGUACCAACAUCAAAGAUCUGCAGCAAGCAUCAUUCAGAAUAAGCUCAGAGCAACAUUACUGAUGAGAUCUCAAAGACAACACUUCCUACAACAGAAGUUUGCAGCAAUAGACGUGCAAAGAAGAUUCCGGGCCAUACUGCUUAUGAGAAAACAGGUCAAAUGGUACCAACAUCAAAGAUCUGCGGCAAGCACUAUUCAGAAUAAGCUCAGAGCAACAUUACUGAUGAGAUCCCAAAGACAACACUUUCUACAACAGAAGUCUGCAGCAGCAGUUAUCCAAAGAAGAUUCCGGGCCAUACUGCUUAUGAGAAAACAGGUUAAAUGGUACCAACAGCAAAGAUCUGCUGCAAGCAUCAUUCAGAAUAAGUUCAGAGCAACAUUACUGAUGAGAGCUCAAAGACAACACUUCCUACAACAGAAGUCUGCAGCAGCGGUUAUCCAAAGAAGAUUCCGGGCCUUACUGCUUAUGAGAAGACAAGUUCAGUGGUACCAACAUCAAAGAUCUGCAGCAAGCAUCAUUCAGAAUAAGCUCAGAGCAACAUUACUGAUGAGAUCUCAAAGACAACACUUCCUACAACAGAAGUUUGCAGCAAUAGACGUGCAAAGAAGAUUCCGGGCCAUACUGCUUAUGAGAAAACAGGUCAAAUGGUACCAACAUCAAAGAUCUGCGGCAAGCACUAUUCAGAAUAAGCUCAGAGCAACAUUACUGAUGAGAUCCCAAAGACAACACUUUCUACAACAGAAGUCUGCAGCAGCAGUUAUCCAAAGAAGAUUCCGGGCCAUACUGCUUAUGAGAAAACAGGUUAAAUGGUACCAACAGCAAAGAUCUGCUGCAAGCAUCAUUCAGAAUAAGUUCAGAGCAACAUUACUGAUGAGAGCUCAAAGACAACACUUCCUACAACAGAAGUCUGCAGCAGCGGUUAUCCAAAGAAGAUUCCGGGCCUUACUGCUUAUGAGAAGACAAGUUCAGUGGUACCAACAUCAAAGAUCUGCAGCAAGCAUCAUUCAGAAUAAGCUCAGAGCAACAUUACUGAUGAGAUCUCAAAGACAACACUUCCUACAACAGAAGUUUGCAGCAAUAGACGUGCAAAGAAGAUUCCGGGCCAUACUGCUUAUGAGAAAACAGGUCAAAUGGUACCAACAUCAAAGAUCUGCGGCAAGCACUAUUCAGAAUAAGCUCAGAGCAACAUUACUGAUGAGAUCCCAAAGACAACACUUUCUACAACAGAAGUCUGCAGCAGCAGUUAUCCAAAGAAGAUUUCGGGGCAUGCUACUUAUGAAGAAACAAGCUGAAUGGUACCAGCAGCAAAGAUCUGCAGCAUGUCUUAUUCAAAGCAAGUUGAGAGCAACAUUGUUGAUGAGAUUUGUAAAGCAACAGUUCUUGGAAAAAAAGUUGGCAGCAACAGUCAUACAAAGAAGAUUUAGGGCCAUGUUAUUGAUGAAGAAACAAACACAGUGGUACCAACGACAAAUAUUGGCUGCAAGCCUAAUUCAAAGAAAGUUCAGAGCAACAGUGCUUAUGUGGUCUGAAAGACGGUAUUUCUUGAAGCAGAAAUCUGCAGCAUUGAUUAUCCAGAGACAAUUCCGAGCCGUAUUGCUUAUGCGGUCUGAAAGACAGUAUUUCUUGAAGCAGAAAUCUGCAGCAUUGAUUAUCCAGAGACAAUUCCGAGCCGUAUUGCUUAUGCGGUCUGAAAGACAGUAUUUCUUGAAGCAGAAAUCUGCAGCAUUGAUUAUCCAGAGACAAUUCCGAGCCGUAUUGCUUAUGCGGUCUGAAAGACAGUAUUUCUUGAAGCAGAAAUCUGCAGCAUUGAUUAUUCAGAGACAAUUCCGAGCCGUAUUGCUUAUGAAGAAACACUUUCAGUGGUACCAACAACAGAGAUCUGCUGCAGUUGUCAUUCAGAACAAAUUCAGAGCAACACUGCUGAUGAGAUCCGAAAGGGAUAUCUUCCUAAAAAAGAAGCGUGCAGCAGUUAUUAUCCAGAAUAAAUUUAAAGCUAAAAUUUUUGAGAGGAAAGAAAGGAGUUGCUUCCUGGAAAGAAAUUCAGCAGCACUUGUCAUUCAGCAAUGGUUUCGAGCUCACUUAAAGAAGAAAGAAACAGAGUGCUGCACAAAUUUAAACUCUAGACAGACAGAACAUGAAAAACAAACUGCUGCUGCCAUAAAAAUCCAAGCUGUUUGGCGUGGAUACAGAGAGCGGAAAUCUGGCACUCAGGGAAUGGUUUCUGUGAGGGAACGUGCCCUGAGCACCAUACAGAAUGCACUUCCUGGAACAACACUACAAACACGAUCCACAGCUGCUUUGAUCGUGCUUCAGAGAACAUGCUCUGGCCGACUUAUAUGGGCCCUCAUGGAACUUGAUACAAUUACACAGCUGUCUCCUAAACUUUGUGUGGACAUUGCAAAUAGUAAGGUUGUGAAGACAAUCUACAAGUACCUUGAUAAUGCUAAUCGUUCUGAAGUUGACAAGGAGAUGAGCACGGUGGCCACCAAGGUCCUUAUUAAUUUAGCCAAGUAUGAAAAAACUGCUGAAAGUGUUUGGCAGGUGCCUGGAAACGUGAGAAUAAUACUGAAUCUGAUGUCUGCCUGGUGUGGAAAGAAUGAUCCUCUGUUUUGCAACUGCUGUACCCUGUUAUGGCUCUUUGCACAAGAUCCAGGAAAGGCUUCUAAGAUUGUAAAGGGUCCGCAAGUGCAACAGAGAUUGGCCCAUUAUUACAAACACUUGAAGCAAAAGCAAGAGCGAGCCCAAGCUUUAAUGAAAGGUUCAUUGAAAGUGAAAGCCAAACAACCAAAGGUUGUCCUUCCGUCUGUGAAACCUGACUGGAGUUUAACUGGUGCAUGUCUGCAGCAGACAUUUGAAAACCCCUUGCAUGCUGUGAGUUGUGUAAUGAAACAAUUAAAUGUUAAAUCAGAUAUGGCAGAAUUUUAGUAGUGAAGAAACGCAUAUGUGUUUGGAAGUGCUAUAUUUUAUGUGAAUAGGUUACUGUAGUUGUGAAGCCAUGUUUUAUAAGUUUUAUGCACACAGCAUCACUCAUUCGUAUCAUAUUCUUAUUACAAUUAAUUUAGUCAUAAUAAGAAUAUGAUAUGAAUGUUUUAUAAGUUUUACACACACAUGGCUUCACAACUAAUGAAAACCAAGUCAUAUUAUACCCUCUUAAAUAUAAGCUGCAAAUCAUACUGCACAUUUUGGUGCAUAGUGACACGACAAAAUUUGUGAUCACUUGGAAUUACCCUUUAGAAUCUUACUGAACAUAAUUACUGUAGAACUGUAGAACAUUAGGUGAAAAGGAAUAACUGAUUGUAGAUUUUAAAUUUUGAUUUUGUUUUAUGGUAAGACUCAUAAAUAUAGAGAAUGAGUAUUUACUAUCACUAAUAUCCAAGUAAAGUACUUUGUAUAAUGUAAUAAUAUUUGUACUUACAGGUUCAUUUUUGACUCUUAUAUGUAUAUGUCAUUUUUAUCUGGUUGAUCUGUAUAAUGACAAGUACUUUAUCCUGAUGUUUAGGAUCACAAUAUUUUAUGUAAGUUCAAAAGUAUCAUAAAGAUGUUGAGUCAUUAAUAUUAAGUUGAAUAUUUUUUGGCAGUUAAAUUUGUCUAACAUCUGAAUCUUAAGAGUUCUGUCUUCUGGUAUAAAACGCUGUGUAGUCCGGUGAAAGUCAACCAACAUUUCAGAGAAAUGUAUCACAUCUUUCUUGUGAGUCAAGGAGUAAACUAGCACUUGCUUAGUUUACUCUUCAUCCCUAAAAGGAGAGGUGAUAUGUUGUUCUGAAACUGUGGUUGACUUUCACUGGACUGCAAGGCAUUACAUCGUAGAUGUUUACAGUCCAUUCG